UGACUGAAGGCACCGUUAGGUCCGAGAACCCCAGGAGUAAAGGUUGGUCUUGCUCAUCUGCAGCCAUGAAAUUCUCCCUCGUUGCCGCUGUUGUCCUUGUGCUGGCUGUUGCCCACGGCACUCAGGCCGGGUCACUGGUGAAGCGUGACGCCGAGUCCGACAUGGACAAGAUCACCAGGCUCAUCAACGAGAUGUCCGCCAGCAUCACCAGCGCCACCCAGGACAUGGUGGAGAAGGUGAAGACCAUGGAGGUGGCCAACCAGGCCCAGACUUACAUGGAGGACAGCAGGGCCAAGAUCCAGCCUCUGGUUGAGAAGGUCCAGGCCGAGGCCGCCAAGCUGCAGGAGCAGGUCAAGCCCUUCAUCACCAACAUCGAGGAUCAGAUCAGGCCCAUGACCGACAACUUCAACGCUCAGGUCAGGCCUCUCACCGACAACUUCCACGCCCAGGUGAAGCCUCUCACCGACAUGAUGGAGAAGUUCUUCCAGCAGGUGAUGGACCAGACCAAGGCUCUGAUGCCCCCCCAGUAAAGCAUUCUGAUGGUCCGUUCCAGCUGCGUUAACACCCUCAGCGGCAGAAUGCAUCACUGGUGUUUGUCUGACAUGCUCCUGUGUCUUUAAUUUAUUUGAGAUGUAAUGCUUGAAUGUCAUCAUUAAAGGGGUUUGAAAGUCA